AAUCGUCAGAAUUUGCGAUUAUCUUCUCAGAAUUUAUUCCCAAUUUUUUUCCUCCAUGUUUGUUCGCUCACAUGUCUUUUUUGUCAAUUUCCUUUGUUUCUCCACUGUUCAUCAUCCCGUUAAAAAAUCGUAUAACAUCGAAAACAAGACAGAGUCGCGGGUGGUGUUGGUUCGCCGGUAAAUACGACGUUUUCGAUGUAUAUAUAGCCCACCGAAACCAGAGUGAAAGAGAGUUGGUAGAGGUGGGGAUUCGACAGGCGCAUACGGGUUCAGUUAGCGAGCGAGUGAAACGGGUAAUGGCAGGCGGCAUAGGUGAUCCCUGAUAAAUGGCUCUGUCUAAGGUGCAAAAUUUCAUCUCAACUAUCUACAACAAUGUCCAGGACAUUGUCGAGGUUGAGAGUGGUAUCGACAUGUUUGAAGCACCAGGAAGUGGCUGCAUCACCGAUAACAGAUGCAGGGAAUACAAUCCCUGGAGCUAUGAUCUGUUGGGCAGAAACUCCAAUCACAAAUUUUGCUACUGAAUUCAUUUCACUAAUUCACCGGCACUUGUAUCAGACUACACUGGACGAUGAGGAGAGCCAGGAUCUCAACAACUCAAUGGUGAACGAUCUCGUGGCAAAAAUUCUGGACGACGAGCCAAUAAGAAACUCCGAGGCGUACACCAAUCAUUAUAAUGGAAAUCCAACGUAUCAAAAUGAUGUACAAUCACGACUAAAACCUCGAAACUGCCCAGACAAUUAUGACACAUCCGUUCCCCUUCAGUAUCCCUACCUAAGAUUCCCACCAGGUACCCACGACCUGGAGGAGCCCCAAGACUACCUCUGCGGAGUGAACCUCAAGGGUCUAACCCUGAACGAUUGCAUCUCACGAACCGAAAAAUCAAACGAAUACAUGAAUGGUAUGAUCCACAGUCAGAGAAUGGAGCACCACAGACCACUUAACUCCAACGACAUGAACACCCAUCGAAAUUAUGCUGCCCUUGGUAAUGGUUUACUGACAACGACAAACGGCUUCAAUUACCAGCCACCCAACUGGACAGAAAACCUGAUAUCUCCAGACUAUUCAAAAGAUGUCUUUGGAAAUUACCUACAGUCCUCAGCAUGUUCUAAUCCAGAUAUGAACUUCAAUACUAUUGGAAUCAGUGACAUGGAGAUACCCAAUUCCAUGGUGAAUCCCAGCAACCACCACUCAACACCAGUAAUCAACAUCCAUGACUCCUACACGACUUCAACAAAUGGUCCAACCUACAGUCCAGUGUCAGCAAUGACAGACAUGAGUGGCGACUCUGGAUUCCUCUCCAACUCUCCUCUGCAGAGAUUCUCCCCUGCAGACAGUGGUCUCCACAAUUGUUUCAACAGCUACCAAAGAAAUAACUUCGAGGAGAUGCAAGAGGGCCUCACCAGCAUGAUGCACAACGAGCACAGGUACCUCCAGCAGGCCCAGAAGCCCCAGCACCAGCACUUCAAGAUGGAUAAGCCUAUCGAGACAAACUACAGAACAAUGCAACCAGGAAGAUACCCAACUGCAAAUGAAUAUCCUGACAUCAGAAAUAACGAGUACAGACCAAUGACUCCGAAGAUCGAUGAAGCUCGUCUGAAGAUGUUAAGUCCUCAGUUGAAGCAGAAAGAUCAAACCAACAACUACCAGAUGCGUUUUUCCCGCAGUGUGAACUCCCAGAGUAUGGACCAAUCUCCAAAGUACAAUUAUCCAGUUGACAACGGGUAUCAGCAUCGUUUCACUGCCAAUACUAAGAGCCUCAAGCCCCUUCAGAGCCCAGUGUAUCAGAAUGGGGUGAAACGUCCUGGGAACCCAAACUGUGGAUUUCAGAUGGAUCGAUUCGAUUUGGCUGGAGACAUUGGAUACACCUCUAAUGCUCAUUUGGCACUGGCAAGGGCUUCCAUGGAUCCCAAUGUCCUGAAUCAUCUGAUGAUGAAGCAGCGCCAGCAGCUCCGAAUGUCAGUUCCCGAUGUUCUUUUGAAUCAAAGACUCAUGAGGGGAGGCGCAGCAGCUGGACCAGGAAUCUUUCCAUCUCUCAUGCCUGUGAUCUCAGCUGUUCCAUCUUUGCAUUCGAUGUCUGUUCUGUCUGCGGGAAUGGGCCUCAGGGGCAACGUGAGAUCCACAAGACGAGCCUCGCACAUUCUCCACAUGAGGCUUGAGCAGAUCUCCGAGCAGUUCAAGCAGCUGGAGAAGGAGAGGAAGAAGUGUGAAGCUGGACUGGCUGCACAUUUUCCAGGAAAAAGAGUCACCAGUGCUAAUAAUAUUCCAGUUCCAAGACUCCAGGGCAAUCCUUCACGUGCUGAUAGACUCAUUGUCGACCAUCUCAGGGAACAUGCUCGUGUCAUCACUCUGAUCGCCAAGAUGGAGCAUUUGAGGGGAGCUAGUAUGAACGAGAGAAUUCACAAAGCUAUGGAGUAUUGGCUAGAGACAAUUAAAUUCAUGCAGGAGUGUAGGAAUAAGGAGAUUGCACAUGCUAAUAAAAGGCAGAAGGAUAAUCCACAUUGCAGUCCCAUCCAGGACGACAAAGAUAUUCUAGCGCUGGCCAGCAGCAUUCGUGAGCUGACAAAAGCCUCGAGAUUGGCGAGGACUGCAAUGUUCAAUGCAAUGCAGGCAACCCUUCUCCACAAUAAGGACAUCGAAAAGACUAUUGUUGAAACAUCGAAGGAUGCGAUAAUACCACUUACACAAGGUGAGACACAGCCAAUUGUUGGUGAUGCAGACAACUUCACUCCUAGUACCUAGCAAUGUUGCUCCAAGUACACCGAGGUCAGCUCAAUUUUACUCCAGAAAAUAAACUCCGAGUUACAGCUAUCCGUUCUUGAUUGCGUCCGCUAACUGGAAAAUUCUUUGUUCCACUGACGGUCUUUUUUUGAAGAUGGGGGAAAGUUUUUUCCGAAAUCUUGGUGCUAACACGUUGAGGCUUUUUACCGUGAGAAUACACUGAUACCUUCUCGAGAGCAAUUCCGUCAAGGAAUUUGAAAAUCAUUGAAGCUGUCAAUUUCACGUCGCGAAUUUUUUACCCAAAGUUACAAAACUCUAAAAUUUACAUACGAAAAAAAUCAAUAUGAGGCAUUUUACUACUAAUUUAUUUGGAACAUGUGAGAGUAUGUGCGAGAUUUUAUCGAUGUUUUUUCCAUUUCUAUACUUCAUUAUUCUUUUUUGGCUUGAGGAAAUGCCCUUCGACCUCUUUAAACUCAGUUUUAAAGACUUCAGAGUGUCGAGGGGUGCAUAGUCUAAAAAUUUUGUUGAAAAAAUCUUUAAUAGUUAAAACUCGAUCAGAUAUUGGUACAAAAAAUUGAAUUGAAAAUGCGAGGACUUUCACUACAAAAUUCUAGUGGUUUUCUGUAGAAAUUCUAUUUGUCAAAUUCAAUUCGUUUCUCUCUUGCAACUCCUUCCAUGGUAUUAGUUCUAUAAGAAUUCUCAACUACAAUAUUUUCAAGGUUUUUCCUAGAUGUUAUCAGAAAAUUCAUGCUAGAGAAUUCUGUCAGGAAAUGAUGGGAUGCAAUUCCAUAAUUUUUAACAAAAUUGAUGUAAUAUACAAUUUCAAUAGAUAAUCACUAGAACUUCUAAAAGAAAGCGCUCACUUUUCUAUUCAUUUUUCUCAUACGUGCCGACGUAGAUCGAUAAAUUUGUGCUAAACUCUAUGAAAAAAAUUACUCAUGAAAUAACUAAAAAAAGAAUAGCCCUCUGGGAUAUUCCCCUCAAGAAUCUAGGUGAAGAAAUGUUUUUAGACUAGUUCAAUGUGGCCUUCCUUACGUGUGUGACCCAAAAUGUGUGUCAGAUAGUGUGAAUAGAUUUAAAAACAAAAAAAAAGUAAACGAGAAAUAACUGUUUCGAUAUUUGCUGUCGAAAUAAUUCUAGGUGUUUAAACGAAGCAAUCCAAAUAUGCUGUCCAUCGUACUGUUUCACGUGUACACGUAAUUAAACACGUAUUUGUAUGUAAACUGCUUGCGCGCGAGCAAUCACAGAUACAUGUACGCGAAAUACUGUGAGGAGUGUAAAAAAACGACACACAAUGCAUCCAUAGACACAAAGGGCUUGGGCUAUUUUCCUGAGUCAAGUGCAAUUGUUUGAAAGUUUUACUAUACAUAUUAAUGCGUGACCUAAAUUGAAAGAAAAAAAAACAUGCCCAAUAAUUGACUAACUGAUGCUAUUUACUUACGCCUCGGAUAACUCUAGCAUUUUAUUCCAAUUCCAACAACUGUCAUCGAAGGACGAUGAGAGUUUUAUAAACGUGGGUAAUUUUCACGUAGAUUUUUUACCAGAAUUUUUCAGUCUUCUACUGGAACCCAAAACCUCUUCACUCGUCAGUAAUACUCCAUUUUUAUUACAUUUUAUUUCACUUUCGCUGUUUAUAAAAAUAACUAUUAAUCGAACAUAAUCACCCCGUAACAACCGCAAUUUCCUUUUUUAUAAGUAUUUUUUGACAUUUUUAAUAGUCGUACUAGGCUCAGCGGUGCUUUGAGGUCUCAAAAAAAAAAGUAUACAAGCAUUUUUCAGGCAUGAAAAUCUAUUGUAUUAACUGUGAUAAAACUAAUGCCAAUUGAGUCGCCCCUAGAUUCUUCUCGCGAUCAAAAUACUAAAUUAAAUAAACUAUACUCAGAGGGGUUUUACCACGUACUUAAUCCUUGCAGGGGCAAAUAUCGUUUUUUUUUUCUUUUUUUCGAGGGAACACUCAACCACAAAAUGCCUCUGAGCGACCGCCAUAAGUAAGGACCACAAUGGAAACGAAACAAUGAAUAAAAACCCCGCUUUGUUAAAUUUCCAAAUGCUUAAAUAAACUCACGUACGUAUAGGAGUGCACAGUAGGGCAAUUGAGUAGGAUGUUUACGCUAGAAAUAUAUCGUAAAGGGAGGGAUAGGCAUUAAGUGCAGGCUAGUGAUGAGUUAGAAAAGCUGGAAUUCAUAACGAAAAAAAAUAACGAAAUCUUUAGGGAAAAAUUCACCUCAUUAUACAAGCACAUGGUCACGAUUAAUAUUGAAUUAAAUAGGGUCAUAGCUGAAGUUCUAACUUAGUAGGUUACGUGUCCGACAAUCCUAUUUUAAUUGCAUGUGAUAUUAUACUACUAUGUACUACUUGAAAAAAACAAUGAAAACAAUUCAUGAAGUUUAUCGAAUAGAGGAAAUUUCGCGGAUUAUUGAGCGUUGAUCACUCGCGUGCAUCAAUGAUUUCCGCGGUGGAGUAUUAAGUUAAAGAGAAUACUUGAUUAAAUCUAAAUUACUUUUAAAAAAAUGACCAAUGCUCGCGCGACUAGACAAGCAUAUCUUGAUACAUGAAUUUUCAAUAUCUAUUGUCCAUUAGGUAUUCUGAUGCGAUGUUCUUCGUGAUGUUCCACUUUUGCCGCGGGUUAGGGAUUCUUUUAUCGUUGGUUUAUGGCACUAAAGGUUUUUUUCUACGACCGAGUAGUUCUCAACGAAAUUCAACUCAGAGUUUAUUUUUAGAUUUCAUUCAAUCUUUCGGCACGAAUAUGUAAAGAAGAAAAAAGAAAAAAAAACAGAACAAAUUUAGAAUCGAAGGAAAUCAAAUACUAUUCGUUGAAUUGACUGCUCUCAUUUGUUCAGUUGAUAUUUUCAGUAAACAUUUUUGGCGUAGCCAGUGGUGUCAUUUGUUGACUUCAUUUGAAUUCUUAAAUUCUAAUGGAUAAAAACUCGCUGUUAGCCCGAAUUUUUCUUUUCACUUUUUUUCAAUCUAUUAAGCAUGAACUUUGUCACAAAAAAAUAAUAGAAUAUUCAAACAAAUUGAGGAUUGAGAUAGAUAGAAUUGUAUUGCUUUUAUUCACACACCUCUGAGUUAAUUUUUCAAAUUUUAAUGGAUAAAAGCUUGUAUAUCCAUUUUAUCUCAUCAAUUUUUUUCUCACGGUGUUUGCGCAAUUGUAACAACGGGUGUUGAUAAAAAAAUUUAAAAAAUAAAUAACAAAAAAAUAUAUGGUUGCUUCGGCUUCCAACGGUAGCUGUAAUGUUAUAGA